UGUUAUUGCCAUACAUUUGUGGCCAUUCAUCGCACCGAUGGUUAUGUCCGCUAAUUGUCACCCAUUUUUGUGACAUUUGAGUUACCAUUACAUGACUGCAUCUGCUCUACCAUAACGUAAUUGAAGACAACGAAGAUAUGGUGACUUCCGAAGACACCAACACUUCUAAUUGUUUGCCACAAUUGGCUAACUCUUCACCGACUCUUACACCGCAAGAGUUGACACAACUCUCAGAUAUAGACAGUCGUUUGUUUGGAAUCCUUCGUCUGGAAGAGCCGGCAAACAGUAAAACAAAGUCAUUGAUCACAAAGGCCAUAAAAGCACUGGAAGUGUCUUUACUUAAAAGACAUCUAUUGCUGGAAAAGUAUGAGAAGAAUGCGUCGGAAGGGACGGACGAAAAGGCUUUAAAUGAGUUGAAGUCGAAUCCAAUUGAUCCCCGAAUUUACUGUAAAAUCGGAGACUUUAACCUUCUUUUAGGAAAUUAUACCAAAGCUCUCUCAGCUUUUCAGAGAUACUUCUCGUUAAACGAAGAGCACUGGAAAGAUGUGCCGUUUGUGUUCAGUCUUGGUUUGGUUUACUUUCACUUCAACGCCUAUCACUGGGCGAUUAAAGCUUUCCGUCAAGUCUUAUACAUCGAGCCAUCGUUUCCGCGAGCAAACGAAGCCCACGUCAGACUCGCUCUCAUAUUCAAAGUUCUUAAUGAUUAUAAUCUAUCGCUUAAGCACUUCCAUUUAGCACUCAAUGACUCUAAUGUGUGUUCAGUCAGCAAAUUAGAGAUCCAGUUCCAUAUCGCACACCUCUUUGAGAUUCAGGGCAAACAUAAAUUGGCAAAAGAGUCGUAUGAAUCGCUUCUCGAAGAGAAGGACUUGACUGUCCAGUUGAGGGCAGAUAUAUAUAAGCACUUGGGUUGGAUGCACCACAUCGUCGACUCUUUGGGAGACAAACAACGGCGACAGUCAUAUGCUCUGAAUUGCUUGAAGAGUUCCAUAGAAUCGGAUCCCAAUUCUGGACAGAGUCUCUACUUCUUAGGACGUUGUUAUGCAAGUUUAGCCAAAGUUCACGAUGCGUUCAUUUCUUACCGUAAUUCUGUUGACAAAGCCGAGGCCAACGCCGACACCUGGUGUUCAAUAGGUGUAUUAUAUCAGCAGCAGAAUCAGCCUAUGGAUGCACUUCAAGCGUAUAUAUGUUCAGUGCAAUUAGAUAAGAGUCACUGUUCCGCGUGGACUAAUCUCGGCAUCCUUUACGAGAAUUGCAAUCAACCACAAGACGCGCUUAAGUGCUAUCUCAACGCUUCCAGAGGCAAAGGCACACUAAUCACUGGUCUCUCAGAAAGGGUUAAGUUUUUGCAAACACAGCUCUCGAAUGCACCGCUCAAUAGCACACAGAGCCCAAAGUCCCUGCCCUGUAUAGAGGAUGCCUGGAAUUUCCCCAUCUCUCAAGAGAUGGCUUCGCGACAAAAUGCAUUCCAACGACAGAAUCAAGGCUUAACCCCAACCGAAGACUCCUUUUCUAACAUUAAACGUCAAAAACUGGAGGGCCCCUCAAGAAUGCCCGUUCAAGUGAACACCGCUCCCACACCCCAGUCCCCCCUCUACCUCAACCAACAACACAUGCAAAUCAUGAAUUAUUUGCAACAAAAUCAGGCAAACCUAAGCCCACAGCAGAAAAGUUUGCUUCAGCAACAAUGUCGUCUCAUUUCGCAACAAAAACAGAUGUCAUUAUUAAAACAGCAGUCAAUACAAGGACAGACACCCGUGCCUUCUGCUCCGACGGCUCCAUUUCCGUCAACAGAUCCCACGAACUCACUCUCAAGUGAGGAUUCAAUGGCCGUACAGUUCAGACCUCCACUGAACCAAAGUAUUCCGCACUUGCAGUCGGCCUCUAAAAUCACACCACAAAGUGUUCAGCAAAAAAUUGGUUCGUCCACUGCUGGGGACGACCCAAACCAUGUACUCAAUCGGACCGGCGUUUCCGGCAAUUCCAACGUUUCGUUCAACGAUCAGGAAUUGCAGUCAUUGUUAUCACAACGAAACGCAACGACGACUUCGAUGACUGAAGACCUUAUUUCUCAGUUCAGCUUCGGGUCAGACAAUAAUCCGACUCAAACCACUCAAUCAACUCAUUCUAGUCAUAACAACAUCACUGCCAACACCAGUAGUGCCCAAAACAGUUAUAUCAGUACUAACAGCGACCUAUCGAUCGCUUCAUUCUUGUGUUCAGACAAUUCAAAACUCAAAAGUGUCGACAAUUCGUUGACAUCUUUAACAUCACUUCCAUUUUCAUCGACUUCUAGUCAGAAUCAGCCGCAGCUCAACAUAAAAAUGGCCGCAAAAGAGAUUAUCAACGGUUGCAAGAAACUGCCAAAGAAUGUACGCAUUGUUUCUAGCCUUCUAUCAGAUGAUGGUCGUCCUCCUAUUCCUCCGGAUCCACCCUAUCCUCCAUUGCCUAAUGAUAAGCUGCAUCCGGCGGCGCCCAGUGUUUUCCUGGAAAACAAAAAGGAAGCUUUUUCUGCACAAUUACAUGAGUUUUGUUUAGCACAUCCUAUCGCUGUCAUCAGAGGACUGGCCAGUGUUCUUAAACUCGAUUUGGGCUUAUUUUCAACCAAAACAUUGGUUGAGGCGAAUCCCGAACACUUGAUAGAAGUGAGGACUCAAUUGCUUCAACCGUCUGAUGAGAACUGGGAUCCGGAGAGAAGGCAAAUGGUGUGGAGAUGUGAAAGCCAUCGCUCGCAUACGACAAUUGCCCGCUACGCCCACUAUCAGGCCUCCUCUUUCCAGGACUCACUCAGAGAAGAACAGGAAAAAACGUUGGGAUUGUUUAGGGAUUCAGACACAGAUUCAAACUCUUCCGCUCCGUCCAAAGGAAAGAAGAGCAAAAGGAACGGCGCGUUUAAAACUGUUAAGUUUGGCACUAAUGUCGACCUCUCGGACGAGAAGAAAUGGAAGACUCAGUUACAGGAGUUGAUGAAAUUGCCAUCAUUUGCUCGCGUAGUGUCGGCCGGAAAUAUGUUGAGUCAUGUCGGGCACGUGAUUCUUGGCAUGAAUACCGUUCAGCUGUAUAUGAAAGUUCCCGGUUGUCGAACACCUGGUCAUCAGGAAAACAACAACUUCUGUUCCGUUAACAUAAACAUCGGUCCCGGAGAUUGCGAGUGGUUUGGAGUGCCCGACGAGUAUUGGGGUGUCAUUCAGAGGAUGUGUGAAAAGAAUAACCUGAACUAUUUGCACGGCUCGUGGUGGCCAAUACUCGAGGACCUGUUCGCAGACAAUAUACCCGUUUACAGGUUUCUGCAAAGACCGGGUGAUCUGGUUUGGGUGAACGCCGGGACAGUACACUGGGUUCAGGCGGUCGGCUGGUGUAAUAACAUAGCCUGGAAUGUGGGCCCUCUCACUGCCAAACAGUAUAUCUUAGCCGUUGAGCGAUACGAAUGGAAUAAAUUAGAGAAUUUCAAAUCAAUUGUUCCGCUCAAACACUUGACCUGGAAUUUGGCCCGAAAUAUAAAGGUCUCCGAAGACGAACUCUUCCAAAAGAUAAGUUCAGCUCUGGAAGGGUUUGUCAUUCUUGAAGAGUACACUUUGGAUGAGUUGACGGAAGUGUACGACAACUUCACUCUACACGCCGUCAGUCCGACGUAUACGUGA